UUGGGCGUGACUAAUAACUAUCCACCUGAAUGCUUAUCACCCCAUCAACCAUUAUCAACUCCUGGAUUUGUUGAUUCAGGGAUACCUAUGCGAAUCUACAGGCAACCUGAAACUACGAUACCUCCUCUAAUCACUGACAUAGGUUCCGCAAAUUUUGGGAAAACUAAUCAAAAUACGAAGACCCACAGACAAGCAGUGUCUAGGAAUGAUGUGACAUCUGAGAGGGUUUUCCGAGGAUCAGAGCAGUCUCAGGCAUUGAAAGAGCCUGCUGUUGAUAAGCGUCGGCUAUCAGGUUCAAUGUUAAAUAUCUCUAGUGUCAAUCCGUCGAACUCGCGGGUUCGAAGAAACGUGGAGCAUCAAAUGACAGCCUAG